AUGGCCGCAAACCCCAGAUACAGUCUCCCAGCGGGCUACAACGGCCAUGCCACAAACGGCGCCGGCGGCAAGCCUGCCCUGCCGCAUAUUGACGAUGUAGUCGCAUUACCAACCGAUGUCGACGCCGACAAGCCUCUCAAGUGGUUGUUCGAGCAGGCUGAGAUGUCACUCCGGCAAUCCGAGAUGAGCCGCGACUUCAACAGACCGGCCUUGGCCUUGAAGGACUUCAUCCGCGCUUCCGUCAUUACAGUCCAGCUAGUCUCUCAUCACAAAGACUAUCUAAUGCUCAAGGAGGGGCGCGGCGAGCUGGCAAAGAAACACGCCGCGCUAAUGACCCGCAUCAAGCAGCAGAGCGACGUUUACGACCAGAUUAAGAAGGAUAUAAUAGCCGAUAAUAAGCGAACUGGCGUCCUCCCCAAAUCACAAACAUCACAAAAAUAUCCAAAUGGCAGUCAUUCGCAUGCGACGCCACCAAUCGCCACCAGCAACGGCCCGGCGGUGACAGCAUCGGGCAAGGUCAAGCCUAAGGUGCAGCCAAAGCCCCAAUCUCUCCAAGGAAAAGCCGUUCUUGGCCAUGCAAGAUCUUCUUCCACUAAUACCGUCAAUAUCGACUUGGCGGCGCGCUUUGCGAAUCUCCGCGGACCACAGACGACACCUGGGCAAGACCCGCGCAUCAAGACUCAUCCAAUUCCACCCUUGAAGCCAGCCGGCCCCCGCGAAAUGCCUUCAUCACCCCUAAAGUCAGAGCCAAGCACAGGAAAUGAAGUACCAUCACUACCAAAAAUGCCGGAUGCUAUUUAUCAUCCAGCUCGCGGUAGCGUUUCCAGCGAUGUUGGACGUCCCCCAGCCACAACACCCCGAGGCUCAUACAGCCGUGCAACGCCUACCCCGUCGCUCAGCAACAUGCCAAGCCCAGUAUCUGCGCGGCAGAGCAUGGAAUACUUCCCGCCCAUUCCUACCAACACGACCGGUAGUAAAUCACUGCUGCAGAAACCAGCCUCUGGUAGCGAGAUCAACUCGGACACGCACUCGAUUACGGCGGAAGAAUUAUUCAAGGCCAUGAAACAGAGCGGCUCUGUCCUAAUAAUAGAUAUUCGGUCUCGUACUGAAUUUGACGAAGGGCACAUCAUGUCUUCUUCGACAAUUUGUGUGGAGGCCAGUGUCCUGCUUCGAGACAAUAUAUCGGCUGCAGAAAUCUCCGAAAGCCUGGUCCUUUCGCCGAACCAGGAACAGUCGCAGUUUGAUCGCCGUAACGAGUACGAGCUGGUUGUUUUCUAUGACCAAGACUCUGAGGAGAUUCCGCGCUCGCCCCGCAGCUCUGACGACAUGGUUAUUGUCUCGUUGCAUCGCGCUUUGGUCCACUUCAACUAUGAUCGUGACUUGAAGCAACCGCCGCGGAUUUUGAAGGGCGGCUUGGAUGCGUGGGUUGACCUCAUGGGAUCUGCUUCGUUACAGACCACAAGUCUCAUCAGCAGCCCUCAUGUUGCGACUUCACGGGCUCGAAGCGGAACUUUUCAGCGCAGGAGAUCGAAAUACAUCCGACCUUUACGUGCAGACGAGGUCAAAGCUUGGCAGCAGACUUUAGAGCAGGAAGAAAUGAGCGCCAAUCAACCCCCAGAAUAUCAUCGCUCGACAGAAUCUUUCCUGCGCCGCUAUCCCCCCGUCUUAACAGAGCAGGAGUCCAUGACAUCUUCCCCUGCGAUUGAACAGCCACCAAGAUACGAUUCUUUGCACAAUAUUGAUCCAUAUAACGACCUUCCUUCGCCGCCAACCCGUCCCGCGCCUUCGGUUCCUCGACUCAGCUAUGGUAGUUUGUCGCAUACUUCCGACGAAGUUGACCGCUUCGAGCAACACGUGCCUCCCCGUCAACCGGUCCGAGCCAAGAAGGUACCGGAACAGAUGACAGGGGAUGGCUACAAGCUAUAUACAGGUCUGAAUAACCCGCACAACUGGUGUUAUGCCAACAGUACUCUCCAAUCGCUUCUUGCCUCGCCAGACUUUGGAAAGGAGCUAUCCGAUUCGACAUGGAAAACUGAAUAUCGAGCACCAAAGAAGGACAACGAGAAGAUAGAGCAUGCCCAACUGAUGAUUCACAUCAUCUCUAACUUGUUUCACUGGAUGAGCACCGGAAAUAUUGAAGUAAUGAAAGCUCAAACGCUGAUGGACUACUCGCAGCACAUCUGUAAAAAGAGCCGCUCAAACGCUCAAUUCGGCGGGACACAGCAACAAGACGCGCAAGAAUUUAUGUCUUUUCUUAUGGAGCAUUUGCACGACGAAACAAACUCCCGUCGCAAUCGCAAAGGCAACGCGAUGCAACCAAACACCAAGUCUCAACCGCUUCUCCAUGCCGCCGUCCAAUACUGGUACAACCACCUCCAAUUCAACGAAUCCAUCGUCGACAAGUACUGGAGAGGACUGGAGCUCUCGACGGUAAAGUGCCUGGACUGCCACACCAAGACGUACACCUUCUCGCCGUUUGAGUGGAUUCCCGCGCCGGUCGCGCUGGGCAGCACACGACAGACGCUGGAGCAAUCGCUGCACCAGCAUAUUGCGAACAACACACUGGACGACUUCUCCUGUGACAAGUGCCGGCGCAACACGCGCGCGAUGCAAUCCAUUUCCUUUGCGCGACUGCCGCCGCUGCUCUGUGUGUGCUUCCGGCGGUUCAACUACAACCAGGCGACGGGCGACGUCAAGAAGUCGACGGCGCCGGUGACGUGGGACUUUAACGACUUUGACUUUUCGCCAUUUUUCCACGAUAACGGCAACGGCCGGGCGCCGGCGACUGGCACGGGCGACCGGCACGCGUACGAGGGACCGUUUCGCUACGAGUGCUACGCCGUCAUCGUGCACGCGGGCAGCAGGACGGACAACGGGCACUACUUUGCGUACGUCCGCGACCAGAGCACGCACGACCCGUACGCGUGGCUGUGCUGCAACGACAGUCGCGUGACGCGCGUGCGGAUUGGCAGUGGCGACCGCGAUGACAUACAGAACGAGGUGUUCAAGUCCGGGCAGGACCGCGUUCCGUAUCUUGUGUUUUUCCGGCGCAAGGGAUAA